AUGUGUGCCUCCUCAGAAUCUAUAAGGGAUAUUAUACUAACAGCGGAUGACCUAGGAAUGGUGGAUAGUGGAGAAUACGUUUUUUUCAACGUUGAACUCUACACUAGCAAAAAUGAAAGCCGUAGGCCCUGGUUUAGGGAAGGCGAUAAUCGUGACACGAAUGAAAGGGCCAGGAAAGCUUAUGAAGCCCUGCUGACUGUCACUGUCAGGAUUCCGGAAACGAGAGAAUAUGCAGAAUUUUCCCGAGGAGUGAAAAAUCUCGCGCUGGAGUAUUUCGGAAAACCCUACGGAAAGGAAGAGGUGAAUACUUACGUCACAGCAUUUCAUGAUGCCGUUAUUUUAUAUUCGCUUGCUGUGAAUGAAACACUGAAUGAAGGCUAUUCAAUAAAAAAUGGGUCCAUUAUUACACAGAAAAUGUGGAAUAGAACUUUUGAAGGUAUAACAGGAAAUGUCAGCAUCAAUGAACAAGGAGAUCGAUAUGUGGAUUAUUCUUUACUGGACAUGGAUUCAAAUACAGGGGAAUAUGAAGUUGUUGCAAACUAUUAUGGUGUCAGCCAGCAGUUUGUCGAUGUUCCUGGAAAAUAUAUCCGUUGGGCGGGAAACAGGGAUUCCCCACCGCCGGAUAUUCCAGAAUGCGGAUUUGACGGCUCCAAAUGCUUGGACGAGCUCUUCCCACAAUAUGUCAUUGUCUCUUCUGUUCUAACUGGAGUUGUUAUUGUUUUCAUCAUCAUGUCCUUUUUCAUAUACAGACAUUUUCAGCUGGAAGCAGAAUUGGCGUCCAUGACAUGGAAAAUCAGAUGGGAAGAUAUAGUUAGUACAAAGCAAGGAAUGAAAAGACGAUCUGGUUCACGUCAAAGUUUGAACAGGACUAGCAUAGCGAGCUCUUGUCCCUCGGAUGCACUGUCAAUAGCUGACAUAAACCGGCAAGUCUUUGUUAGAAAUGGUUAUUACAAAGGAAUGGUUGUAGCUAUCAAGACUAUCAAUAAAUCUCGAGUGGAUAUUACAAGGUGCCUAUUGCUCGAGUUGAAAAAGAUGAAAGAUCUACAGCAUGAACAUAUUGUACGUUUUGUGGGAUGCUGCAUAGAUCCACCUCACUGCUGCAUAGUAACAGAGUACUGUCAGAAAGGAAGUUUGCAGGAUAUUUUGGAGAAUGACGAAAUAAAGCUUGAUUGGAUGUUCAGAUUUAGUCUUAUGCAUGACGUUGUAAAAGGCAUGGCGUACCUCCACAGCAGUGAAAUCCGAUCGCAUGGCAAUCUCAAGUCAACCAACUGUGUAGUAGAUAGCCGUUUUGUGCUCAAAAUAGCCGAUUUCGGCAUUCAUUGUCUCAGAAUAUACGAUGAAAAUGAGAAUGAAGAUUCUUACGCUCACUGGCGAAGAAAACUAUGGACUGCCCCAGAACUGUUACGAAUGCAUAACUGUCCAUUAGAUGGAACUCAAAAAGGAGAUGUUUAUUCCUUUGCCAUUAUAGCUCAUGAAAUUGUUGUUCGGGAAGGUGUCUUCUAUACGGGGAACGAAAUGUCCCCGAAAGAAAUCGUUGAAAAUGUAACAUAUGGAUUGAAACCACCAUUUCGACCUCUGCUAAACUUAGACAGCUGUGAUGAAGAGAUGAUUCAUGUGAUUAAAAGAUGUUGGUCAGAAGAUCCAGGAGAAAGACCUGAUUUUCAACAUCUUAAGUCCAUUAUAAGAAAGCUCAACAAAGAGAAUGAAAGUGGAAACAUCUUGGACAACCUAUUGUCCCGCAUGGAACAGUAUGCGAACAACUUGGAGACCCUCGUGGAAGAAAGGACAGCUGAUUAUCUGGAAGAGAAAAGAAAGGCAGAGAACCUUCUUUACCAGCUGUUGCCAAAGUCUGUUGCAAGCCAACUCAUACACGGACAAUCUGUGACAGCUGAAUCUUUUGACAGUGUCACCAUCUAUUUUAGUGAUAUUGUUGGGUUUACUUCAUUAUCAGCCCAAAGUACUCCCAUGCAGGUUAUUGAUCUUUUAAAUGAUCUAUACACUUGCUUUGAUUCAAUCAUUGAAAACUUCGAUGUUUAUAAGGUUGAAACUAUAGGCGAUGCGUACAUGGUGGUUUCUGGUCUUCCUGUCCGAAAUGGCAAUCUUAACGCUAGAGAAAUUGCCAGAAUGUCUCUUCGACUUCUCGACGCUGUCUUGUGCUUUCAAAUAAAACAUCGGCCCAAAGAGCAGCUCAAACUUAGGAUAGGGAUGCACUCAGGCCCAUGUGCUGCCGGUGUUGUUGGCUUGAAAAUGCCACGAUAUUGCCUGUUUGGCGAUACUGUAAAUACAGCUUCAAGAAUGGAAUCAAAUGGCUUGCCUCUGAAGAUACAUGUCAGCAGCAGUACCAAAGAGGUAUUGGACACUUUUAAGACGUUUCGAUUGGAACUAAGAGGAGAAGUGGAAAUGAAAGGGAAAGGAAAACAAACUACGUACUGGUUGCUAGGUGAAGACGAGACAAUUGCUCAUCAAGAAACUCCCAAGGAAACAAACCUUUAACGAAAAAUUGAUGUUAAACAUUGUGAUGCUCAUUGUAAUUGCAUGAAAUAAACAAAUU